AUGCCACAAACUCGUGUGCUCACAUCCGAGCACGUGUCUCUGGACUAUGGGUGCUCAGACUGGCGGACCAUGAGCCAACGAGCCGCAGAUCUGUACAGUACUGGUACCAAGCUUUGGACGAGAGAGGAUCUCAAAGACAUAGAAAGACAAUUGGGCCAAUCCUAUACAAUGGCUCGAUUCUCCGUCCGCCGAAUCGAUGGAAGCAUAGUCCAAAUAUCAAAUCCUAUGUUCCAAAUACAGAAUCCUAUCUGGAAACCUCAUGUCAAGUACCAAGAAUAUUGGCAACUUGUGAAGACUCAACCCAACGGCCCGACCGAAACCUACCAUUGCUCCUACCUGGUAGAUUGGAGCAAUCGGACUGCACGAGACUUUCGGGAGCUUAUAGCGCGGCCUUCACAAGUCUUUGACGAGAAAGCCUACUUGUGGCGAAAUAGCACAACUUGCAAGCUAUUGACAGCUUUAGUACAAGACUUACUUGGUACAAAUACCGUGAAGAAAGUUCUAUGUUUCGGGCUCGGUGACUUCUGCCGUACCGCCCCUGAAUGGCUAAGGAAGCAGCACGACUCUUGGGAUGAGACUAUGGAGGUGGAGAACGUGAUGGACUGUAUGAUCCAGCAUUCGAUGGCUCUCACUAUCGCUCAAAUCUGUUGCGAUGGAACGAUGCUAUUAUAUGCCCAGGACCCAGAUUAUACAAGCGUUGCAGAAGAUAUACUGACCAAGAAGAACUUCAAAAUCAUUGGACAUCAUGGUGCAGGAGGAUUCGCAGAAAUCGAUGAAGAAUCGAUUGUGAUCUCAGCAUUUGCUGCUGCCCCUGUCAAGCAGAUAAUCGCUGAUCUUGCUCGACCUGCGCUCAUUCUUUCCACUGGCUUUGAGGUCUUCAACCGCAAUGAGUGA